AUCAGAUGCUUUACCCCUCACAGUAUUAUUGCCCUUUUCUUAAACAAACCAACCACUCACUUUAAAAACUAAUCGCGCUCACAGAAGUCUCACAACCUAACUACGAAAAACAAAUCUCGCUGAAGGAAAACUUUCCGUCAGAUUCUUUAGUACAAUGGGCCGAAAAUUCUUCGUCGGAGGCAACUGGAAAUGCAAUGGCACUACAGGUGAGGUCAAGAAGAUAGUAGAAACUCUGAAUGCCGGAUCAGUUCCAUCAACCGAUGUUGUGGAGGUUGUGGUCAGCCCUCCGUAUGUUUUCCUUCCCAUCGUGAAAAGCUCAUUGAGGCCUGAAUUCCAAGUUUCUGCCCAGAAUUGUUGGGUUAAGAAAGGUGGUGCAUACACCGGUGAAGUUAGCGUGGAAAUGCUUGCUGACUUGGACAUUCCAUGGGUCAUUCUAGGUCACUCUGAAAGGAGAGCUUUGUUGAAUGAGUCUAAUGAGUUUGUAGGGGACAAGGUUGCAUAUGCUCUGUCUAAAGGUAUAAAGGUCAUUGCUUGUGUCGGAGAGACCCUUGAACAACGGGAAGCUGGCUCUACAAUGGAUGUUGUUGCUGCACAAACAAAAGCAAUCGCAGACCGAGUAAGUGACUGGACAAAUGUUGUUAUUGCUUAUGAGCCAGUUUGGGCUAUUGGAACCGGAAAAGUUGCAACUCCGGAGCAGGCUCAGGAGGUACAUUUUGAAUUGAGAAAAUGGCUUGAGGCUAACGUCAGUCCUGCAGUUGCUUCCAGCACAAGAAUUAUAUAUGGAGGUUCUGUUAAUGGUGCAAACUGUAAGGACCUGGCUGCUAAGCCUGAUGUUGAUGGCUUUUUAGUUGGUGGAGCCUCUCUUAAGCCGGAAUUCAUCGACAUCAUCAACUCUGCGACUGUCAAGAGCGCCUAAACUUUGGAACACUGUAUGAAGACACUCGCUGCAAACCACAUAUGAGAGAAUAAGCUAGAUUCCUAAACUUUGUAUCUUCUCUAACUAAUAGUUUUUGGCUAUCAUGUAGAUGUAGUGAAAAUAAUCGGAGUUUAUGAUUAAAUUAUGUAUUUGUUGUACAACAUUUAUCGAGUUUUCUCAUCUGAAAGGAUUUUCAGUUUUUUC